UUUGUGUUGUUGUUGGCAGGGUCACUGUCCCCGCCUUCUCUUCUUCCACCACACUACUCUCCCUCUCAUCCUUUAUCUCUCCAUUCUCAGUAAUAAAACGACGCUACUUUCCUCAACCCCUUCCAAAACUUGACACUUUUCAAACUUUGCAUUCAUGGGCUUCAAGGGAAUGCUCACCUAAUCCACUCCACUUGCUCAAAUCUUUAUCCCCCAAUUCCUUCUUUUGUUUUCUUGUUAUAUGCUCCUACACAAACCCCAAGGCUCCAACGUUUGAGGCAUUUCAUGUUUUGUUUCAUCCUCUGAGAGAGAAAACAUUGUUGUUGUUUCUUUGUUCUUCUCUUCUGGCUCCAAAAAUGUCAACUUUGCAGAUGUCACAUGUUGAUUUGGAGCAGGGGAAUCAUCGUCCUUCUGUUGUUGGGAGUGAUGUGAGUGGUGAGGGGAGUUUGUGUUUUUCUGAUGCUGAUGAUGGUUCUUGCUAUUCUCGUUUCUACUCAACAAAUGGUGGUUCAUACGAUGAUUACAGCUUUGCUUGUGUUUCUGACCCUGAAGUUGGGGGUGUUCCUGAAUCUGGUAGAGCUUCUUCUGUUUCUGAUUGUUCUGUGGAGGUGGAAACUAGAAAUGGGGUUCCUGAGAUCAAGGUGCAUUUGGCUAAAGUGGAGAGGGAUUGUAGGAUUUGUCACAUGGGUUUGGAGAGUGAGAGUCAUGAGUCUGGUGUUCCCAUUGAAUUGGGUUGUUCUUGUAAGGAUGAUUUGGCUGCUGCUCACAAGCACUGUGCUGAGGCGUGGUUCAAGAUUAAGGGAAAUAGGACCUGUGAAAUUUGUCAUUCCAUUGCUCGGAAUGUUCAUGGAGCAAACGAGGAGUCAACUGAGCAUUCAAGCGACAAUAACAAUGCAACUACAGCAGCCACACUCUCUAUGCCUCCUCCUUCAGCAGAAACUCGAAGAUUUUGGCAUGGCCAUCGCUUCCUGAAUUUUCUGCUUGCUUGUAUGGUUUUUGCGUUUGUCAUAUCAUGGCUUUUUCACUUUAACGUGCCAUCUUCCUAGUUUCCUGAGGCUGUUAGUUUUUAAUCUAAAGUAUAUUUAAAGCUGAGUAGGGUGCAAACAAGAGAAAGAUGAGAAGAAAAAAAAGAAAUCCCACUCUAUAAUC